AUGAGUGUCAUCGGUCAACUAAGAGAGUUCGACCGGCAAAAAGAGUCGUUUGAAGCUUACAUUGAGCGGCUUGAAAACUUCAUGAAGGCGAAUGGCGUGCGAAAGGAGAACGAGGUAGCUGUCUUGCUCACUGCAAUAGGUCCUGAAACGUACGGACUGUUGAGGAAUCUUUUGACUCCGGAAAAACCUGACACCAAGACAUAUAAAGAUCUUGUGGAUAUUUUGAGUGGCCAUUUGCAUCCGAAACCCUUGGUUAUUGCCGAGCGAUUCAAUUUUCAUAACCGGUUUCGUCACGACUCCGAAACAGUUGCGGACUUUGGCGCCCAACUAAAGAAGCUUUCAACUCACUGUGAGUUCGGAACUUUCCAAGAUGAAGCUUUGAGAGACCGUUUUGUAUGUGGUCUACGCCAGGAAGCGAUUCAACGGAAACUUUUAACCGAGAAAACCUUGACGUUUGCGAAGGCUUUGGAGAUCGCUCAGUCGAUGGAAAUGGCGGAAUCGAAGUCGUCGGAAUUGAAGGGCUCUGGAUCGUCCGGAUCGGGCUGCGGUGAAGAAGUUCAUCAGCUUGGAAAAAAGCCACAGAAACACAAGAAAUUCACACAGAACAAGGGAGGAAAGCCCAAAACAGCAUGUCAUCGUUGUGGCAGUGCUGAACAUGAUGGUAAAUCCUGUAAAUACAAGAAGUAUAAGUGUGAUAAUUGUGGCAAAGUGGGUCACCUAAAGAGAGUCUGUCAGUCCAAGGAGUGCAAGGAAACCAAGUAUGUUGAAGUUUCAGUGGACAAUGACCAAGAAGAUGAGUCAUUGGGGUUCUUUUCAACUCGUGAACCCAGCAGCAAAGCAGUGACAGUAACUAUCACUGUUAACGGAAAGGAAAUUCCAAUGGAAGUUGAUACGGGAGCUGCACGCACAGUCAUCCCUGAAAAGUUGUUCAAAGAGAAUUUUGGACAUUUGAAACUCAAGAAUGCAAGUACCUCAUUAAAGACUUAUUCUGGAACAGUGUUACCUUUAAUUGGUGAAACCGAAGUUCUAGUUGAGUACGAGGGUCAAAGUGCCAAGUUGCCUCUGAUUGUGGCAAAAGUUGAGAGCAAACCAGCUAUUCUGGGUCGUAAUUGGCUCAGUGUUGUUAAGCUGAACUGGGAGCACCUUUUUAGUGUUUCUUCUUCUGAUUUAGUUCAUGAACUGACUGCACGGUUCAAGGGUGUUUUCUGUACGGGCCUGGGCAAAAUCAAGGAGUUUCAAGCAAGAAUCAAUGUGCAACCUGAGGCCACGCCUAGGUUUCAUAAGGCUCGCCCCGUGCCGUAUGCCCUAAAGCCAGCAGUUGAAGCAGAGUUGGAUCGCAUGGAAAAGGAGGGGAUCGUGACAAAAGUGUCCCAUAGUGAGUGGGCUGCCCCGUAG